UCCCACAUCCACGGCCACGCAAGGGUCCAUAAGUAUUCGCUGUUUAACCGCCUCGAUCAACCCCGGUUGGCGCGAGUCAGCGGUCGCACGUCGCCGCGGCCAGCCGACGGCACGCUCUUUCUUCGGCUUUGUCGGCGUACUAUAGCCGUACGCACAUGGCCCAGCCCAAGGCCGCGCGCGCCGCCGCCGCCGCCGCCGUGCCGGACAUCGCCGCGCAGCUCAACCUCGCCUCCGCGUGCAUCAACGGCGCCGAGUCGAUGAUGGCGGCGCCGGCUGCCGCGGGGAGGCCGCCGCUAGUGGUGGUCGGCCACCGUGGGAAGGGGAUGAACGCGCUGGCGUCCCCGGACGAGCGGCUGCGGGAGGUGAAGGAGAACACGGUGCGGUCCUUCAACGACGCCGCACGCGUCGCCGGCGUCGGCUACGUCGAGUUCGACGUCCAGGUGACCAAAGAUGGCUGCCCGAUCGUCUUCCACGACAAUUUCAUCUACACCGAACAAGAUGGCAAAAUCUCCGGGAAGCGCGUCACUGAUCUUCCACUUGACGAGUUCCUCUCCUACGGCCCUCAAAAGGACCAGGACAAGGUCGGGAGGCCAUUGCUGCGGAAGCUGAAGGACGGCAGGACACUGAUGUGGGACGUCCGUUCCGACGAACCGCUCUGCACGCUGCGGGAGGCGUUCGAGGGCGUCGACGCGCGCGUCGGCUUCAAUGUCGAGCUCAAGUUUGACGAUGAUCUCGAUUACCAGGAGGAGGAGCUCGCCGGCGUCCUGCAAGCCAUCCUAAAGGUUGUUUUUGAGCAUGCCAAGGACAGGCCUGUCAUUUUCUCCAGCUUCCAGCCUGACGCCGCGCAGCUUAUGCGAAAACUGCAAGACCAGUACCCUGUUUACUUCCUGACGGUUGGAGGGACGCAGAUCCACGCCGACGCAAGGCGGAACUCGCUGGAGGAGGCUGUCAGGCUGUGCCGCGCCGGCGGCCUGCAGGGCAUCGUGUCGGAGGCCAGGGCCGUGUUCCGGCACCCGUCGGCGGUGGCCAGGGUCAAGGAGUCCGACCUCUCCCUGCUCACCUACGGGCAGCUCAACAACGUGCCGGAGGCGGUGUACAUGCAGCACCUGAUGGGGGUGGACGGCGUGAUCGUCGACCUGGUGCAGGAGAUCGCCGAGGCCGUUUCCGAGUUCGCGGCCGUGGUGGCGCCGGAGCCCAGCCCCGAAGAAGGCCAGGCCGGAAGGUUGGGACCGGAUAGGGCUGCGCCGGCGAAGAAGACGCCCAACUUCUCGCAGCGGGAGAUUUCCUUCCUGCUGAGGCUCAUACCCGAGCUCGUACAGUAGCGCGUCUUCUUCUCGGAUAGUAUUACCCGUGUAGGUUGACCAAUCUUUGACCCCUCGGAACUGAAUCCCCAAGGCCCGGAUGCGGCAUGUAAAUCAGGGCCACCACGACCCGUCCGAUUGUUUGCAUCAAGGUGAAAUCCACUAGUGUUCUGUGUGCCUGUGUAAAUCUUGGGCGUGUGGCCAUUGAGUGUUUUGUAUUGUAUAUUGCUAUUUUUUCAAAACCAAUGCAAAACUUUUGCCUCGUCCAUUAAUUA